CAUAUCUGUGACCAUUUACUUUGUGUCCGUCUACCUCUCCUAUCUCUAGAGUACAUAGAGCGCUAUGGAACCAGUCCAGUGUGGUCUGACUACAGGAGGAACCACAAAGGGGGGAUUCCCCCUCAGAAGACACGCAAGACCUGCAUUAGAGGAGACAAGAUAUGUGGGAACCCCUGUCCAAUUUGUCAAGACACCAACAUCAUCCACUAUCAGAAUGUGAAGCUGCUGCAACAGUUUAUCAGUCCAUAUACAGUUUUGUAUGACCCAACACGGACAGGAGUGUGUCAGAAACAGAAAAAACAACUAAAUCAGGCGAUUGGUGCUGCAAGAGACCAUGGGCUGCUACCCUUCCAGGUUCCUCAAGUGGACUUCUCAGGGGAGGACUAUUCCAACUCCCAUGACGCGGUGGGCUCGACCCCUCCUCCCCCCACCAUGACCCCUUGGUACCGGUGGUACUACACCAUACAGCCAGACGAGACUGAAGUGGCUAAAGUCAAGAAGACCUACAAGGCCUAUUUGAAAUAGACUAGGGCCUAUCAGAAGAGGAAUCAUGGUGAAAUUAUUUUUUUGUGUGGAUUUAAUUUGGGCUUUCUGGAAGUAGUAGAGCCCUAUGCAGAAAUCUCCCUCUGCCAUUUCCUGUUUGCUAAAAAUCUAAUAGUUUGUCUAAUUUCAGUUUGUGACAAAACAACCGCUGUGAAAUAUAUUUUCCAUAACCCAAAAUAUUGUGUUUGAAGCUGGUGUACAAAAAUGAAAGUAAAAGACAAAAUGAAUUUUAAGCACAGGACGCAUAGAAAUAGCACACAUAGAAGAGAUCUACCACUUCUUGGAGUUGCUUUCAAUGAGAAUGGCAGAUCUAUAACUCACUUCUAUGUGAAUUUGGUCAGGUAGCUUAAAGUCACAAAUUGCAGCUUUAAAACAAGUUAUAGAAUAUUGUGUAUGAUUUGUUUGUUUUCAUGGCAACAUAUAGCUUUUUUUUAUUGAUUUUGGGAGUGUGGGAGGGUAGCAGUUACAAUCUUGAUAAAACAUCACUGAUUCAUUCCAGCCUCUUCUCCUUACAGGCAACAACUAAAAAUCUAAUUUUGUCACAAGCUUUGCAAACAGGUGUAGGUAGACUAACAGUGAAAUGCUUAUGUACGGGCCCUUCCCAACAAUGCAGAGAAAAAUUGAAAAAAAGAACAAGGAAGAAAUAGGAGUAACAUUAAUUUAGCAAUUUCCACGGGGUACCAGUACCAAGUCGAUAUGCAGAGGUACAAGGUAAUUGAAGUAGAUAAGUGUAUAUAUAGGUAGAGGUAAAGUGACUAGGCAACAGGACUUAUCAGCUCAUGAACAGAACAUGCUACUAUAUUUACAUUUUAGUCAUUUAGCAGACGCUCUUAUCCAGAGCGACUUACAGUUAGUGAGUGCAUACAUUUUUUA